AUGGAGAGCCGAUUUGAUGAGGAAGAUGCUCUUCGCCUCGUUCGUACUUAUGAGUUCCCCACUAACCUUGAAAUAAUAUUAGCCACUCCUUCCGACCGGCCCAAUAACCCGCCGUCCGACACUGUUUGCUUUUUUUGGGAUCAAUUUCUGGUCGGCCUGCGGUUUCCUAUACAUCACUUCAUCUUGGAAGUAUUUGAGAUCAUGUGGCGCGCUAAGGCUACCGAACGCCUGAAGCUGAGAGCCGUAGAGAUUGAGGUGGCUACUGAAAAGGAGGUCGCUGCGCGGGGGCUUGUCCCAGCCAGCUCGGGGGUUGAAGGGACACAGUCCGCCCCCGAGGUUUCAGCCGCUCGGGCACCCGUACAUGAAGCCGCGGGUGAUGCUACUUCAUCCGCCCCAGCCGGGGAGGAGACUGUUGAUACAAUUGCAACAGCAUGUGCUCUCACAGCCUUUAAGUUGCGUCAUCCAAUAAAGAUGUACCUUGAUCGUAGCACGGAUAUGGUAAUGGUAGGAGGAAGGCAUCCAAUGAAAAUAACCUAUUCUGUGGGUUUUAAAUCCGAUGGAAAGAUUACGGCCUUGUACUUGAAUUUGUUGGUAAAUGCAGGCAUAUCAGAGGAUUAUAGUCCACUUAUUUCACAUGCCAUUAUAACUUGUCUAAAAAAAUACAACUGGGGUGCUCUCGCUUUUGAUAUUAAACUAUGCAAGAUGAAUCUUACAAGUAAAUCAUCGAUGCGAGCACCAGGGCAGGUACAGGGAUCUUACAUUGCUGAAGCUAUUAUUGAGCGUGUAGCAUCUUUCCUGUCCUUGGAUGUCGAUGUUGUGAGAAAAAGAAAUUUGCAUACAUAUGAAAGCCUGAAGUUUUUUUAUGGAAGUAGCAGUGGAGAAGCUCCGGAAUAUACUUUACCUGCUAUAGUUGAUGAGUUGUUUACAUCUGCAAGCUACUUCAAUCGUCUUGAAAUGGUAUUGCAUUUCAAUAGUUGCAACAAAUGGAAAAAACGAGGGAUUUCUUGGGUACCAAUUGUAUAUGAAGUGGAACCAAUGCCAACACCAGGGAAAGUAUCCAUUCUAAAUGAUGGUUCAAUUGUUGUUGAAGUCGGAGGAAUUGAAAUAGGCCAGGGACUGUGGACAAAGGUGAAGCAAAUGGCUGCAUUCGGUCUUGAACAGCUAUGGGAUGAAGAGAAAAAAUAUCUUUUGGAUAGGGUUAGAAUCAUUCAAGCAGAUACUCUGAGUUUGGUUCAGGGAGGUUUAACUGCUGGAAGCACCAAAUCUGAAGCAAGCUGCGAAGCAGUUCGUCUAGCAUGCUCUAUUCUAGUCAGCAGAUUAAAGCCUCUUAAGCAAAGUUUGGAAGAGCAAAUGGGAUCAAUUUCAUGGGACACCCUUAUUACCCAGGCAAAUUUGCAAUAUGUGAACUUAUCAGCGAGUACAUUUUGGGUUGCUGACGAUACUUCAUCAUAUCUAAAUUAUGGGGCUGCUAUAAGCGAGGUAGAAAUUGAUGUUCUCACUGGAGCUACUACGAUAUUGAGAGCAGACCUUACAUAUGACUGCGGACAGAGCUUGAGUCCUGCCGUGGAUCUAGGACAGGUUGAAGGGUCUUUUGUUCAAGGAAUUGGAUUUUUUGUCCUAUUGAUUUUGUUCAAUAUAUAA